CUCAUUUCCUACAAAAUUCCUAUUCUGUGAUAAUCCUAUCCAAUGAACAAAAAGAGGCGUAAGAUUCGCCCGCAUCUCCUUCGAUUCCUUCCUCAGUUUGUCUCGGAAUCCGGCAAGAUCGGAGGUCUCGCCGGAACCCGGCGUUGGCCGUACCGACCCCGGCUGGAUCUCCGGGCUCAAGAGUUAUUGAUGGUUCUUGGGAUCCAGAGGGUGUGGCUGAGGAGUUCUCGGCGAUGAGCAGGCUGGCGUCGGAGCUCCACCGGUUGCGGAGGUCGCCAUGGGAGGUGCUGUGCUCCGCGCUGGUAUCAUGCGGCCUGGUUCUCUUCUCGCAGCUCGCCGUGGCCAUAGUGCCCCGCCUCCUCCCAUCCAUCUCCCUCCUCGCCAUGCUCCCCGUCGCAGGUUUGGUAUUCCUGGCGGCUAUUCUGGUGGGCAGGUUCUGGAGGAGGUUCAUCGGAGUGGCCGCGUCGGCGCCGCUGUUCGUGCUGUUCAACGUGCUGUUUUUGUGGGGCGUCUACCUAUUCGUCAUCCGGAGAGAUACCUCUUCUCUACUAGACAUGCUGAUUAAUGCUGAGUGUGCACUGCUUCUGUGGGGACUUUACAGGAUUCUUUCUGGUGAUCCCGGCAUUGUUGCAUACGAAUCUUCAUUUUUGGAAGAGGCUGGCUGCAAGGAUUUCGUGGAUGCUAUAUGCUCGAGUGAGUAUCCAUCACUCUCAAGGGUGAGGCAUUGUAACUGUUGCAAAGCAAAUGUUAGAGGUUAUGACCACCAUUGCCCUGCAUUUGGUAAUUGCAUAGGACAGAAAAAUCAUAGGCUAUUUAUGGCACUUUUGACAGGAUUUGUUGUUGCUGAAUCGACAUAUACAAUGUGUUCAACUAAAUAUAUAACUAGUUGCAUAACCUCAGGAACUUUAAGAACUGAGAAUCAUUUGUCUCUAAACAUGGUGAUCGGCACAAUGCUCUUCUCAGUCCUCCAAGUGAUAUGGCAGGUUGUGUUCCUGAUAUGGCAUGUGUACGGCAUCUGCUUCAACAUCAGGACGGAUGAGUGGAUAAACUGGAAGAAAUAUCCUGAAUUCCAAAUGAAGGAACAGCCUCAGUCAGAUUUUGAAGUCAAGUUUGUCAAUCCAUACGACAAAGGCAUGCUUUGUAACAUUAGGGAGUUCCUGAAGCCGAAAUAAUACAAGUAUAAUCUAAAACGCACCGAGACCGGAGAACACCCACUCAAGAUUCCUGAAGAUAUUUUUUGCCUGUUACUGUACCACUGAUUCAUAUUCAUUGGUUUGUGUAUCAUUUGGACUGUGGCAGUUCAGAGUCUGUCUUAAUACGAGCAAUUAACAUUUUUUGAAAA